AUGUCCCAGUCCACCUCGCCUGACGGCACUACCUUCGAGAACCUCUGGAGCUCCCUGGAGCCAGAUAGCACCUACUUUGACCUUCCGCAGUCGAGCCGGGAGAACAACGAGGUGGUGAGUGGUGCAGAGGCCAGCAUGGAUGUCUUCCACCUACAGGGCAUGACCAUGUCUGUCAUGUCCCAGUUUAAUCUGCUCAGCAGUACUAUGGACCAGAUGAGCAGCCGUGCGACCCCCGCCAGCCCCUAUACCCCGGAGCACGCCACCAGCGUGCCCACCCAUUCACCCUACGCACAGCCCAGCUCCACCUUCGACACCAUGUCACCUGCGCCUGUCAUCCCCUCCAACACUGACUAUCCUGGCCCCCACCACUUCGAGGUCACCUUCCAGCAGUCAAGCACAGCCAAGUCGGCCACUUGGACGUACUCCCCUCUGUUGAAGAAGCUCUACUGCCAGAUUGCCAAGACGUGCCCCAUCCAGAUGAAGGUGUCCACGCCCCCACCCCCUGGCACUGCUGUGCGAGCCAUGCCUGUCUACAAGAAGGCGGAGCAUGUGACCGAGGUCGUGAAGCGCUGCCCCAACCACGAACUGGGGAGAGACUUCAAUGAAGGACAAUCUGCCCCGGCCAGCCACCUCAUCCGUGUGGAGGGCAACAACCUCUCACAGUAUGUGGACGACCCUGUCACUGGCAGGCAGAGCGUCAUGGUGCCCUACGAGCCCCCACAGGUGGGGACAGAAUUCACCACCAUCCUGUACAACUUCAUGUGCAACAGCAGCUGUGUGGGGGGCAUGAACCGGCGUCCCAUCCUCAUCAUCAUCACCCUGGAGACCCGGGAUGGACAGGUGCUGGGCCGCCGGUCUUUUGAGGGUCGCAUCUGUGCCUGUCCCGGCCGUGACCGCAAGGCUGAUGAGGACCACUUCCGCGAGCAGCAGGCCCUGAACGAGAGUGCCGCGAAGAGUGGAGCGGCCAGCAAGCGCACAUUCAAGCAGAGCCCCCCAGCCAUCCCUUCUCUGGGGGCCAGUGUGAAGAAGCGGCGGCAUGGGGACGAGGACAUGUACUACAUGCCUGUGCGCGGCCGGGAGAACUUCGAGAUCUUGAUGAAGAUCAAGGAGGGCCUGGAGCUGACCGAGCUGGUGCCGCAGCAGCUGGUGGACUCUUACCGGCAGCAGCAGCAGCAGCUCCUACAGAGGCCGAGCCACCUGCAGCCUCCCACCUAUGGACCCAUCCUGUCACCCAUGGGCAAGGGGCACGGCAGUGCCAGCAAGCUGCCCUCCGUCAACCAGCUGGUGGGCCAGCCUCCCCCACAUGGCUCCUCAGCCGGGCCCAGUCUAGGGCCCAUGGGUCCCGGGAUGCCCAACAACCACAGCCACCCGAUACCGUCCAACAGUGAGAUGAAUGGCGGCCACAGCUCACAGCCCAUGGUCUCAGGGUCCCACUGCACCCCACCACCUCCCUACCACGCCGACCCCAGCCUCAUCAGUUUUCUAACAGGCUUGGGGUGUCCCAACUGCAUCGAGUAUUUCACCUCACAGGGGUUACAGAACAUUUACCACCUGCAGAACCUCACGAUCGAGGACCUCGGGGCCCUGAAGAUCCCGGACCAGUAUCGGAUGACAAUCUGGCGGGGCCUCCAGGACCUGAAGCAGGGCCACGAUUAUGGUGGCGCACAGCAGCUCAUCCGCGCCAGCAGCAACGCUGCGGCCACCCUCGCAGUAGGCGGUGCAGGCGAGCUGCAGCGGCAGCGAGUCAUGGAGGCCGUGCAUUUCCGCGUGCGCCACACCAUCACCAUCCCUGGGCGCUCCGGGCCCGCCGGCCCCGAUGACUGGGCUGACUUUGGCUUCGAUCUUCCAGACUGCAAGGCCCGCAGACAGGCUAUCAAGGAGGAACUCACGGAGGGCGAGAUCCACUGA